UGCAACGGUUGGGUUUUCUAAACGUAGCCAAUGUACGUACAUAUACGCAAGUGCAUAUAGGUUAAUAUAUUGUUUGCAACUUUACAAUCUUGAGAUAAUUCACGAAGAGAUCGGUUAUCUAUAUUAUUUACAAAAGUACGUAGAACAUUGGUGGCAAUUGUACUUAUUUCUCAUUCAUUAAAGUUUAUGGAAUAUCGAGGCACGUAAACACAACGAAAAUAUGAGCCGGAAGGAAGCAUUAUCUCAAUUUAUACAACAAAUUCAUGGACGACCCGUCGUCGUAAAACUGAACAGUGGUGUCGAUUAUAGAGGUGUAUUAGCUUGUAUAGAUGGUUACAUGAACAUAGCACUUGAACAAACAGAAGAAUAUGUUAAUGGACAAUUAAAGGACAAAUAUGGGGAUGCUUUUAUAAGAGGGAACAAUGUAUUAUACAUCAGCACACAGAAACGUAGAAAUUAAUUAUAAAAUGUAUAAAUAAAAACUGAACGUUUAUUUAAUAAAAGAAUUUGAAACAUUUA